AGUCUGCAGAUUUCGUGAAUAAAUUUUUGGUGCGAUUCGCUUCGAUAAUGGCGCUUCAGUUUGAAAACAACCUUGUGGAUCACCUCGGCACGCGGCAAGCUAGAUUCAGUCCGUAUGCAAACAAUGGCGGGAGUAUUGUGGCCCUUGCUGGUGACGAUUUCGCCAUCAUUGGAUCGGACACGCGCUUGGUGUCUGGAUACAGCAUCCUGACUCGUGAUCAGCCAAAGCUUUUCCGGUUAACUGAUAAAACUGUGCUCGGUACUGGAGGCUGCUGGUGUGACGUGUUGACCUUCACUAGAACUAUCCAGACGCGUCUCAAGGAGCAUCACAAGUCGAUUUCGUCGACAGCCGCCGCACGACUGUUGUCAACUAUGCUUUACCACAGGCGAUUUUUCCCGUAUUACGUGACGAAUGUUUUGGCCGGACUGGAUGAAAAUGGGAAAGGUGUUCUUUUCUCUUACGAUCCGGUCGGCCACAUGACUAAGAAUGAAUAUGUGGCUGGUGGAGCUUCUUCCGCACUUCUUCAGCCUUUACUGGAUAAUCAGAUCGGCUUGAAAAAUAUGGAGAAGGUUACGCCCACGACAUUGUCUAUUGAAACUGCCGUUGGGAUCAUCAAAGAUACAUUCAUCUCUGCGGCUGAGCGUGAGAUUACUACGGGAGACGCCAUUGUGAUUAAUGUCAUCACAAAACAAGGGAUCAAAGAGGAAGUUAUGGAGCACGGCGAACCGGGGAAACUUUUGAAAGUUCCUCGAGCCCCGAGUGAAAAUCACGAGAUUUCAAAAAGGUCUCUGUUCUUCGAUCGCCGGAAAUGUUUGUCGCUUACUCACGAAGCAGACGAUGUCUGGAAAGCAAAAAUCUCUCCCAACUUGUCAUUGGCCUUCACUUCCCUCAAAUCUUGCGAGGACAGAACCGCACCUAAAGAGGUCUUCUACGAGUGCAGCACAAAACUCUGUUGUCCACUUGGACGCCGGUCACUCGUCAGUUACCCCAGCGACGAAACGUCAUCCUCCCGAUCCAAGACACCCCCGAUUUUGUCCUGCGUCUGGGAAUGCAUGCCCGGGAUUUGCUGCGCCCCGAACCCCAACAACUGGACCGGGUUCUGCUGCCCAAACCCCAACUCCAUCUACUCAUCGUCAUCCAGCGGGACGCAACUCGACGACGAGACCCCGGAAGUGGGGAACGGGACUCAAAAUCCGAUCGUGGAGCCCAGCUACAAAAGGUGCAAUUUGUUCAACUUUUUGGACUUGGUGGUGAUUGCGUUGAUGCUGGUUGUCGGACUGGCUGUCGUCGGUUUCCGUGCCAUGCCCACUGUCGACAUCGCCACGCGACGUUUCGGCGGAGGAGAUGGCAACAGCAGUCGUGCUGGCACGGGACUCGCAGGAAUGCUCGUCACCACCGUCGACGCGUCCACCAGCAGUGUCGAUCUUUUCGACUGACGGCGACGAGUCUAUUGUGGCCAUCCCGGAAGCAAAAGGCAAACGCCGCAGUUUUUUUUAUUUCUAUUUUGCUCUCAAAGCUCAUGUUUUCACUGCUUCGAUUAAACGGGAGCAACGCUUUUUCUGACGGGAAUUUUUUUCUUUCUCGGAUAUUUCGGGACAAAUUAUUCUGGGAAAUUUGCAGCGCUAAUAGGCUCAUCAUAAACUUUCAAAAGCGUGA